CUUUAGUCGAAAUACAAGCUCUUCUAUAAUAUUGUGCAAGAAAAACUUUCAGUUUCAAAAUAACAUCAAGACGAUUAUUUUCUACGAAAUUCUUUCAGUUCACCAAAUUUAAUAAAAAUGAAAUAUUUCUGUUUUUUAAUAUUAUUCCUCUUCGUAAAUGUUUCGGCAGAUGAUCUAAGGGUAUAUGCGGAUAUGGUUCGCCGUAUAAACAUAGCCAUCGAGAAAGCUUUUAACGUGAAUAAUUUAACUAUAGAAGAUAAUCCUGUAACAAAUGCAUUGGAGUAUGUAAUUGAAGCAAUAUUUGAUGAUAACUAUUAUAAUGGGGAUUUCGCCACAAUGAAUUUUAUGAUCGCUCGACCAGACCAAAUAGAAAUUGUCGCCCAUAUACCCGUAGAACCUGCAAAUACCUUCGAAAACGAAAUAAAAAAAGCCAUGCAUUACCAGUAUUUGAUGGAAGUGGAAGUUAGAGCUAAAUUGAGUCCGUUAUAUGUUACCAUUCAUUAUUCGCAUAUUAAAAGAGAUCAAGAUGAUUCAGAUUCUAGAGACAUAGAUUUGACAGCCCUUGCAGAACCGAGAAGACGCCUAGUUAAAACAGUUUUAAAAAAUAUAAUCAGCCGUGCAUUAGUAACCAUGGUCAACCAGUUUAUGAAGCAACCAGAAAUAAGAGACCCAUCAACUGAUAAAGUCAAAGAUUUGGGGCGCUUAAAUUUGACAACCGUUGCAGAAAAACGAAGAGUUACUGGAACAUCUUUAGAAAACACAAUGAGACAAGCAUUAUUAGAUAAAACUUUAUGGCGGAUAUGUUGUAUGAUUGGAAUAUACAUGAGUACACGAUUACCAACAUCAUACAUAAAAAAUAUUCACGUUGAAUCCAAUAUGUGUACCUUGUAUGAUGGAAUUACACAACAAAGAUACCAACAAAUUAAUGGAGUAUUGUGGCAAAUAGGCUUAGACAACCGUAGAGCACAACUUUUUGAGGAGCAGUUAAUAUAAUUUUUCCAUCCUAAAAUUCUUUAAAAACUGUAUAAUACCACUGUUAUUUUAUUGUAAUAAUAUUUUAAUGUUGCGCUAAUAUUCUUUUUCAUAUUUCACUCAUAACUGACAAUUAAUUGAAUGUACAAACAUUAUCAGCAAACAAUAAUAAUCUUUACCUACAUUAAAAAACAUAUUUUAUUCUAUUAUGAUUUGUAUAAGCUGUUGAACUUUUUACUGAUCGAUUAAAAAAUGUAUAAUGAUCUAAAUAAAGAUAUUCAACAGGCGCAAUAAAGCAAG